GGGGUCCGCUGUGGAGCCGUGCGGCGCCCCGGGGGAGGGCGGACUGGGACCUAACGGGGCUCCGGGGCAGCCGGCGCGCGUCGGCUGUGGGAUGAAGGGGUGUUGGAGAUGUGUUUGGAGCUGAGCCCUUGGUUUGGGACGUUACCGGGAGCCUCGUUUACCAGGUCUUUGAAAGUGUGGCCAAGAAAUAUGAUGUAAUGAAUGAUUCAAUGACUCUAGGGAUCCAUCGAGUGUGGAAGGAUAUCCUCAUGCAUAAAAUGAACCCUUCCCCAGGAACACUUCUUCUUGAUGUUGCUGGAGGAACAGGUGAUAUUGCCUUUCGGUUUAUUAAUUAUGUUCGCUCUGUACGUGAACGCCAGCUCCAACGGAAGCUUAAGCACCAUCAGAAUUUAUCAUGGCAGGAAAUUUCUGAGAGUUAUCAGGAAGACAAAUUUAAGUCACUAGGGGAUUCCCAAGUGGUGGUCUGUGACAUUAACAAAGAAAUGUUAAAGGUUGGGAAGCAGAAAGCACAGCAUCUUGGCUACUCUGAAGGCUUGUCCUGGGUACUUGGGAAUGCUGAAGAGUUGCCCUUUGAUGAUGAUAAGUUUGAUGUUUACACAAUCGCCUUUGGAAUCCGAAAUGUAACUCGUAUUGAUUUGGCGCUUCAGGAGGCUUACCGUGUGCUGAAACCCGGAGGAAGAUUUCUCUGCCUCGAAUUUAGUCACGUCAGCAACCCUCUUCUUUCCAGGCUCUAUGAUCUAUACAGUUUCCAGGUUAUCCCUGUUCUGGGUGAGGUUAUUGCUGGUGACUGGAAGUCUUACCAGUAUCUCGUGGAGAGCAUCCGACGUUUCCCCCCUCAGGAGGAGUUGAAGGCAAUGAUAGAAGAUGCAGGGUUUUUAAAAGUGGAUUAUCAGAAUUUAAACUUGGGCAUUGUUGCCAUUCACUCAGGUUUCAAACUAUGAGUCCACUGUGUAGCAAAACACAGAAAGUUUAAUUUUCCAGAGGAAUAUGAAAGCUGUGGAAUUUUAAUGCUGUCAAGAUUGAAGAGGAGUUUUAAGAACUUGUGCAACAGGUGCUUGCUCAGCAGUCAGACCCGGAACAUCAGCUACCUUUUUUCUCCCAAGAAACCUGCAAGAUGAAGUGACUCCUGUGACGUUUCUUACGCUUGCAUUUCCCUUCAAGUACAAUGUAAAGGACUCGGCCAAAACUGAGCACUGUUAACAGAUGAAGCAACUUCAGUUACCAGCGAUGCAGACACAGAAAUAGACUGACUACUCUUCAGAUAAGAUGCCUCCUGUUUUUACUAAGCUUCAAGGAGGAUACGGUACCAGUGAGGAGUAACUUGGAUUUAUUAGACUUUUAUUAAGCUGUUACUAUCUUUGUCACAUGGACUCUAAGGGAUUUUUCCUGUGAUACUUUUACUUCUU